AUGAAGUCCGACGUGGCGUUGCCCGAAAUGCUGGUUUCCGUUGUGCCCCCGUCGGACACUUUCAAUCCUUCCACCGAUAGUCUGCACGCAGCCAUGAGACCGAUCAUUUUACUGGCCCAAUGCUUUUCUAUACUUCCAGUGUGCGGUAUCAAUAAGCCGGAUGCCUCGUAUCUUCGAUUUACAUGGUACAACCCGAAAGUCUUUUACGCGAUAAUCGUUAUUCUGGGAACGUUUCUCGUGACACUUGCCAAUAUUCAUCGUUUGGUCACUUCGGGGAUAGAUUCUACAAAAAUGACGACUUUCGUUUUCUUUGCUACGGCUAUGAUGACCGCUGUUAUGUUUAUACGAUUGGCAAUUCACUGGCCUUGCCUGGCAUUAACUUGGGAAAAACUGGAACGUGAAUUCACCUCGAGACAUCGGCGGAUUUCGAAGACCACUCUUGCAACUCGUUUCAAAAUCGUAACCUUUGUUGUUAUGUUGCUCGCAUUAGGGGAACAUACUGCCGCGGUGAUGGCUGCGUAUACCAGUGCAUUAGAAUGCGCAGCGUAUCGCGGUGACGAGGAUAUUAUUGGUACUUAUUUCAUAUCGCAAUUUCCUCAGAUCUUCACAAAAUGGUCCUACAGUCAUUGGAAAGGGAUCGUGAUUGAAAUUUUAAAUAUCCUUAGCACAUUUGCAUGGAAUUUCGUCGAUCUGUUUCUUAUUCUUAUCAGCGUAGCUUUGGCGGAUCAAUUCAGACAGCUGAACAGCCGCCUCUUUUCGAUACGGGGAAAGGCGAUGCCGGAGUGGUGGUGGGCCGAAGCCAGGAAUGACUAUAAUCACUUGGCGACUCUUACGCGUAGAGUGGAUACUCACAUCUCGAGCAUCGUGCUUCUGUCCUUUGCUAUAGACUUGUACUUCAUCUGUAUGCAAUUGCUGUUUUCCUUCAAUCCAAUACGCGGUAUCGUACGGAAAAUCUACUUUUGCUAUUCCUUCGGCUUUCUCUUGGCGAGAACAACGGCGGUAUCCUUGUACGCGGCUUCCAUUCACGAUGAAUCUCGUCUGCCGGCACCGAUUUUGUAUAGCGUCACUAGUUCUGGUUACAGCAAUGAGGUCUCAAGAUUUUUGAUGCAAGUAACAACGGAUAAUAUUAGCUUGACGGGAAUGAAGUUUUUUUCCGUGACAAGAGGCCUUGUGUUAACCGUUGCAGGAACUAUCGUGACUUAUGAACUUGUUCUGGUACAGUUCAACUCCGUCCAGCAAGUGGACCAGUCGAAUAAUAUAACGAAUGCUUGCGAGGUGAGGUAG